AUGGGGCACCGCGGCAAAGCGGGCCCGCCACAGCGGCUCCUCGGGAGGCGUGUUCGGCAGCUCCCGGCUGUGCUGCGCCAGCGCCGCAUGCAGGUCCACCCCGGUGCCGAACGUAAAGUUCACAUACGCCGCCCACACCGUCACAAGGCCCGCCUCACGCGCAGCAGGCGACAGCAGCGUCGAGAGGAGCGACGCCUGGGUGUCGUUGCCGCGCAGCAGUGCGGCGUACCGCAGGAGCAGCUCGGGAGCGGCCGUGAGUGUGCCUGCCGCUUCGUCUGCCGCGCGCCGCCCCACCCGCGCGUCCGCCAGCAGCGAGAACGACAAGGUGUAGGUGGCGUACGUGCCUGCCGCCCCCACCGCACGGUUGGCCAGUCGCAACACAAUGAUCGCUGGAUCAACGCGCAGCAGCUGCGCCGCCGCGCACUGAAACCGCACAAGCGACUCCGCGCUGCCUUCCAACUCCAGCGCCGUCGGCCCCGCAGCCGCACGGGGGCGGAGGACGAGUUGGUGCACGACAGCCAAGUCGCGGGCGUAGUACGAGCCGCUCGUCGUUGCGUCCACGCGGAGCACCAGUGGGAGGCGACUGACGCUCGCCACCGGCGUCGCUGA